CAAGAUUUAUAAUUCUCAGAAAACAAUUUAAUUGAUCUUAUGAGCUACAGCUACAAGAUCUAACUUCGCUUUACCACUGAAAACAGAUUGCUACAAGAUGUGACGGGAGUUAAUAACGGAGCAGGCUUCAACAGAUGAUUAAAAUUAAAGCACAACGAAUCAACGUAGCCCCAAGCAAUCUUCUCAUUUAGAUAUAAACUCGACAUAUAAAGACAGGCGUGAGUAGCAGACGUAAUUGUUGGUGAUGUCAAACAUUUAAAAUAGGCUAUCAACAAAUUGUUUGGCAUAGCGAUUUAGACAAUUUAGUUCUUGAUAAAGACGGGUGUGAAAACAAUGUUCAGAUAACCUGAAUCAUAACAAUGAAUUAUAGCCUUUUUUACAACAAUAUAUUUUUUAAAAUACACAGGUUGUCACGACAAACUAGACUAUAAUUGUGAUGUUAACAGACCAACUUGGUUAUCUUUUCGUUUAAUCAUAUUAAAUUGUGCUGAAAUGUAUCGUGUGUUGUUUUUAAGAAGAAAAGCUGUUUGUAUAGUAUCCACUAUUUGGAUAUUAAUCAUGCUUUUUACAUAUGUGUUUGUGACAGAGGAAUCUCAGAGAUCAGAGGGAAAGAGAUUUAGACAACAGAUUCGUUUGAAAGCUAAGAUAGAUUCCCUUCACUUGGCUCAGGAAACAUUCCAAGAUAUACCGCCUCAUAAAGAUGCUCAGGACAUAGAUUAUGGUAUACCUGUUGAAGAGAACAACAAAUUUCUUGAGGAGUUUGUAAUUGUACCAGACACAGAUGACUUGAACCUUUCUUCCAAAAAAGGGAAUCAAGAAAAAAACCAUGGGGAUUCAACAUUUGAAAAUUCCAGUGAUCCAUUAAGUUUGCCCCGUAUUGCUGAAUACUGCAACAUUCCAAAAUUACCCCAUACUGGACAAGAAGGUGAGGUACCAUCUAUUUAUAAACUGAAGUCAGUUUAUACUGUGAUGCGACAUGGGGAUCGUACAACUCUCUACACAUUUCCACAUCAUCGUAAUCCUACCAUCAGUUGUCAGUUUAAAUUUAAUGUGGCUAAACAUCCUAAAAUCAACUUGUUUGCUCAAACUAUGGAUUUCUUCACCGGAAAGCAAAAUACAGGAAGUCAGUUUAUAAACUGGGCUCUAUAUCCAAACCGUGCUGUUUGUGAUAGUUCCUUUCUGACGCCUGUUGGUGCCUUACAGCACAUCAUCAAUGGAGUUCAUUUUAAUCAGAAAUAUAUUCAAAAUUUAAAGUUGUUUAAAGAAAACUUUUCACCAGAUCAAAUAAAAAUCAAGGUCACAGAAUAUUCAAGGACAUAUCAAAGUGCUAUGGCGUUCUUGUAUGGCUUUUUACCCAAGUUUAACCUCACCGAACUAAACGUGCAGUUAACUCGUAACAUCUUUUUUUGUUCGGAAAAAGCUGUGGGAUCUUCAUGUGAAUGCCCUUCCAUUCAACAUUUUAAAAAACUCAGUAAUCGUGAAGUAAUGUCAGCUAAACAAAACCUCACAAGACUAAAACACAUCCGUAAAGAGAUUGCAGAAGUUUUUGAACUAAGCGUUGAUCAACUGCCAUUUAAUUAUGCCAUGUUUGAUAUACUGUCUUCCUAUGCCUGUCAUGGUAUAAAAUUACCAUGCAACAGUGAGGGUGUAUGUAUAACAAAAGAUAUGCUCUCUGGUUUAACAGAAUAUCUCGAUAAAAGUGGUGCUGCCUACGAAAAAUCCCCAAGUUUUAAAAAGCAUAAUCAGCUCUCCAGUUAUCCAUUACUGAUGGAUAUAGGCAAUCAUAUGAUAGCGGUAGCUCAUGGUAAAACCAAUGAAAAGUUUGUGUUAUAUUCUGGACAUGAUAAAACUGUCUCCCCUGUUCUCUCAGUUCUUGGAAUAAAUCCUGGUAAAUGGGUGAAAUAUGCGACACGGGUAGUGUUUGAAUUGUAUAACCGACAUGAUGUUAAAGACCAUUACUAUAUAAGAAUAUUGCACGAUGGCAAGGAUUUAACCUCUCAGGUUAACUUCUGCAGAGAAAGAACAAGUAAUGGACUCUGCAAGAUAAAACAUUUUUUAGAGUUUUUAAAAGAGGACAUCUUAAAUGAAACCAGAACAAAACAAUUUUUGAAAGCUUGUAAAGAUUUUACAAGGUAGUGUCUUUGUAUUUCUUUUAGUCAGUUGGAUUAUUUUCAGUUUUAGUUCCAGUGAAUGUUUUAUUAUAGAAUCUCAUACAAUUCCUUUCUUGUAUCAAAGGUGAUAGAGUAAAAUAUCUGAAGGGGAUAUUACCUUUAUAUUAUGCAAUGCAUUAUUGGCUGAUCAUACAGGUUUCAUUGGGAUAUGAGCUCUCCACAUCUCAUUUAUUAUAUCUCUAAAUGGGGGUCACGUUGGCUAAGUGGUUAAGAUGCUGGCUCGCUAGUCUGGAGGUUGGGUGUUCGAUCCCUGCAUUUGCUGAGAAAGUUCAUCUCGAUUUUCUGGCGUGGUUCCCCUUGUCAGUGAUGCAGGACGGAGGGCCUGACAAGGACAGCUGUCUAGUCAUUCAGAUGGGACGACAAACCGAGGUCCCAUGUACACAUUGGCGUGCGCGUAAAAGAUCCCUUGGCAGUUGGAAUUCGGUAUGAGAGUAGGCCAUAGUGCCGCUGUCCGGGCAAAAUUUCCCUCAUAGCACACUGUAUGGCGUAUGCCCAUCUUCAUUAGCCCACUUCGGAGCAGAACAGUAGGACGUAAAACCCCAUUUCAUUUCUUUUUCAUAUCUCUAAAUGUUCUUUAUUUUUAUACAAAGAAAAUAUUGCUAUAGAUAACACAUAACUGUUUGGUUUAGGUUUAUACUCAUACUCAGAUCCGGAUUAAGUCGGUGGCAGACUGUGUUGCAUUUUUGUAAGAGCGUAUGCCCCUUGUCACUGUGAAUGCAAGGGUCCCAGUGAUGUUUUCAGCCAAGGGCCCCAUACAAACUUAAUCCGGCCCUGAAUAUAGUGACUAGUAGUGUUUAAUAGAAGAUAUAGUAUUACUAUCUCUCACAUACAUCAUUAUGCAAAGUGGUGUGAUUGGUUCAGCACAAAUAUGUGCUGUGGGGGAAGUUUUAGUUAUGGUAAAAAUACGUAGAUAAGUAAUUUUGAAUAAAUGAAUAAGCAAAAUAAAAAAAAUAAAUAGAAAAUAAAAAAAAUAAAUAGAAAAUAAAAAAAAAAAAUUCCUCACCCCAAGGUUAUAUUUUACGGAGUAAAACGUUUCGUAUGGAGAUAGUUUGGUAUUACUAAUACCAUAGAGUAGGCUAGUAAUAUUUCUAAAAUACAUUGGUAAUAAAUAAAUAAAUGGUAGAGUAAAAAGUGUUCAGUGGUUCCAAGGUUGAGAUCACAGUCACCCUGAGUCACAUCUAGGAUUGUUAACUUUGUCUACUUAUUGCUUCUAUUUGAUAAAUCGGCCAGUUUUUAAAUGUACUGUUUUCUGCAUUAUAUUCAUAAUUUUAUUGAUCUGUUGAUAUUUUGUUGACAUUUAUAUUUAGUUAUGCUUUACACAUUUAAUGUUGCCUGUGGUGACCUGUCACUUGUAAUUAAAAUAUGUGCCAGUAUUUGUUUUUUUCUCAAAUAGAUUUUUUUUUAUUGAUGGCAUUCACUUUGUAUUUAAUUUUGUACAUUAGUACAAUGAGAAAAGUUACCUCCAG